ACUUCGCCGGUCUCUGAACGUACCAGUCCUGGUUUGAGCCGCCAGGUUACUUUCACUUUGUGCUGGUCGCGUCGCAGCUGCAGCUCUGAGCGACACUGUCCCCUCUGUGACUCCUGAAGGAGGCUUUGCUCGUGUUGGUUAGUUCCAGUCUGACAGCAGAAACCGGGACUUCACAGCUCCACUGACAGCCAGCAGACGAACACGAAGACCUUUCUCCAUCUUCCUGCCAGCGUUCAAAGCGAAAGUAGUGAAGGCAGAGCGUCUCUGGGAGCUGAUGUGAGUUCAGCAGCAGCUGCCAAGGCUGCUGUGUUUGUGUGAAGGUGUGGGCUCUGCUAUGGAUCAGAGUGAGGACAGACAGGAGGGAGUCCCCCCCUCUAAAACCACUCUGUGUGGGGAACAUGACACGAGGACCGAAGCUCAGAGGGUCCAUCAGAGACCAGACUGUCCUGAACCUGAACCCAGCUGUGUGUCCAUGAAGAGUGACUGGUCUAUGCAUCAUCCUAUAGAAUUCAAAGAUGGACGCCACUCUGUUGAUCAAAGAGUCGACCAGGAGAGCUCAGAGGUUCCCAGUGGUCAUCAAACACAUCUGGACUCCAUAUUUAUGCUGCUGGAGGAGAACAUUGUCACUUUUGUGAAGAACGAGCUGAAGAAGAUGCAGAAGGUUCUGAGUUCAGAUUACCCAGAAUGCUUAGAGAGUCAGAGGGAGGAUGAGGAGGUGUUGGACGGUGAGGAGGAAGAGCAGAGGAGGAGCAGCAGAGAGGCAUUUCUGAAGAUCACACUGCACUUCCUGAGGAGAAUGAAGCAGGAGGAUCUGGCUGACCGUCUGCAGAGCAGAAGUCAUUCUGCUGUUUGUCAGCGUAAACUUAAAUCUCACCUGAAGAAGAAGUUCCAGUGUGUGUUUGAGGGGAUCGCUAAAGCAGGAAACCCAACCCCUCUGAACCAGAUCUACACAGAGCUCUACAUCACAGAGGGAGGGACUGCAGAGGUCAACGAUGAACAUGAGGUCAGACAGAUUGAAACAGCAUCCAGGAAACCAGACAGACCAGAAACAACAAUCAGACAAGAAGACAUCUUUAAACCCUCACCUGGAAGAGAUGAACCAAUCAGAACGGUGAUGACAAAGGGAGUGGCUGGCAUUGGGAAAACAGUCUUAACACAGAAGUUCACUCUGGACUGGGCUGAAGACAAAGCCAACCAGGACAUACACUUCACAUUUCCAUUCACCUUCAGAGAGCUGAAUGUGCUGAAACAGAAAAAGUUCAGCUUGGUGGAACUUGUUCAUCACUUCUUUACUGAAACGAAAGAAGCAGGAAUCUGCAGGUUUGAAGAGUUCCAGGUUGUGUUCAUCUUUGACGGUCUGGAUGAAUGUCGACUUCCUCUGGACUUCCACAAUAAUGAGGUCCUGACUGAUGUUACAGAGUCCACCUCAGUGGAUGUGCUGCUGACAAACCUCAUCAGGGGGAACCUGCUUCCCUCUGCUCGCCUCUGGAUAACCACACGACCUGCAGCAGCCAAUCAGAUCCCUCCUGGGUGUGUUGACAUGGUGACGGAGGUCAGAGGGUUCACUGACCCACAGAAGGAGGACUACUUCAGGAAGAGAUUCACAGAUGAGGAGCAGGCCAGCAGAAUCAUCUCCCACAUCAAGACAUCACGAAGCCUCCACAUCAUGUGCCACAUCCCAGUCUUCUGCUGGAUCACUGCUACAGUUCUGGAGGAGGUGUUGAAGACCAGAGAGGGAGGAGAGCUGCCCAAGACCCUGACUGAGAUGUACAUCCACUUCCUGGUGGUUCAGUCCAAACUGAAGAACAUCAAGUAUGAUGGAAGAGCUGAGACAGAUCCACUCUGGAAUAGAAAGAGCAGGAAGAUGAUUGAGUCUCUAGGAAAACUGGCUUUUGAUCAGCUGCAGAAAGGCAACCUGAUCUUCUAUGAAUCAGACCUGACAGAGUGUGGCAUCGAUAUCAGAGCAGCCUCAGUGUACUCAGGAGUGUUCACACAGAUCUUUAGAGAGGAGAGAGGGCUGUACCAGGACAAGGUGUUCUGCUUCGUUCAUCUGAGCGUUCAGGAGUUUCUGGCUGCUCUUCAUGUCCAUCUGACGUUCAUCAACUCUGGUGUCAAUCUGCUGUCAGAAAACAAAUUGACCUCCCAGUGGUCUAAAGUCUUCAGAGAGAAACCUAAACUAAAAGAUCUACACCAGAGUGCUGUGGACAAGGCUUUACAGAGUCCAAAUGGACACCUGGACUUGUUCCUCCGCUUCCUCUUAGGACUUUCACUGCAAACCAAUCAGACUCUCCUCCGAGGCUUGCUGACACAGACAGGAAGUGGCUCACAGACCAAUCAGGAAACAGUCGAGUACAUCAAGAUGAAGAUCACUAAGAAUCUCUCUGCAGAGAAAAGCAUCAAUCUGUUCCACUGUCUGAAUGAACUGAAUGAUCAUUCUCUAGUGGAUCAGAUCCAACAGUCCCUGAGUUCAGGAAGUCUCUCCACAGAUAAACUGUCUCCUGCUCAGUGGUCAGCUCUGGUCUUCAUCUUACUGUCAUCAGAAAAAGAUCUGGACGUGUUUGACCUGAAGAAAUACUCUGCUUCAGAGGAGGCUCUUCUGAGGCUGCUGCCAGUGGUCAAAGCCUCCAACAAAGCUCUACUGAGUGACUGUAACCUCUCAGAGAGAAGCUGUGAAGCUCUGGCGUCAGUGCUCAGCUCCCAGUCCUCUAGUCUGAGAGAGCUGGACUUGAGUAACAACGACCUGCAGGACUCAGGGGUGAAGCUGCUGUCUGCUGGACUGGAGAGUCCACACUGUACACUGGAAACUCUCAGGCUGCCAGGCUGUCUGAUCACAGAGGAAGGCUGUGUUUCUCUGGCCUCAGCUCUGAGCUCCAACCCCUCCCAUCUGAGAGAGCUGGACCUGAGCUACAACCAUCCAGGAGACUCAGGAGUGAAGCUGCUGUCUGCUGGACUGGAGGACCCACACUGGAGGCUGGACACUCUCAGGGUGGAGCCCGGUGGAGUCCGAUGGCUGAGACCAGGUCUGAGGAAGUAUUCCUGUGAACUCACACUCGACACAAACACAGCAAACCGAAAGAUCAAACUGUCUGACGACAACAGGAAGGCGACACAUGUGAAGGUGGAUCAGCUAUAUCCUGAUCAUCCAGACAGGUUUGACCGCUGGCCUCAGCUGCUGUGUAGAAAUGGUCUGACUGGUCGCUGUUACUGGGAGGUCGAGUGGAGAGGAAGAGUUGAUAUAUCAGUGAGUUACAGAGGAAUCAGCAGGAGAGGAAACAGUGAUGGCUGUGUGUUUGGAGGGAAUGAUCAGUCCUGGAGACUGAGCUGCUCUGAUGCUGGUGGUUACUCUGUCUGGCACAAUAACAGAAAAACUCCCAUCACCACCUCCUCUUCCUCCUCCUCCUCUUCCUCCUUCUCCUCUGACAGAGUAGCAGUGUAUGUGGACUGUCCUGCUGGCACUCUGUCCUUCUUCAGAGUCUCCUCUGACACACUGAUCCACCUCCACACCUUCAACACCACAUUCACUGAACCUCUUUAUCCUGGCUUUGGAUUCUGGUUCUGGUCUGGUUCCUCAGUGUCUCUGUGUUCUCUGUAGGAGGGAGAGUCUCCUCCUGUUAGAGAAACUUUCUCACUGCAGACCAGAUAGUUCAGUCUGUACAGGAUCACGCACAGCUGAUGUUAGUUAGAACCAACCUGAUGUGCUUCCUGUAAUAGAGGAGGAAGAGGAGGCCGAGGGAGCUGCAUGAUCAUUGGCUGAAGGAAGCGAAGAGCAAAGGAUGCUGGGACGAAGGGAUGCAUGUGUGAGGGUAAUGUGCAGCCGUGAAGAAAAUAUACGAGACAAAUCAGACACGGGGGGGUGGGGCUACCUGAGGAGGAGGAUCUGGGUUUAUCCUGAGGGGGGCGCUAGAGGAAAGAUCAUGGACUCAUUCAAAUCUAAAGGGAACAGAAAUCCUGGAGAUGCAGUUUGAUCUUCUUUUAUAACUCUGUGAAAAAUGAACAUUUUUAGAGGGAAAGUGUUUUUAAGACUAAAAUAUUAAGUUUAAACUGUGAGUCAAAAACUGAACUUUGUUGUGUUGAAACAUUUAUUUCUGUGAAGAAACACCUGAAAAUGUCAAACAAGAGUCCAAAAUUCCAACUUGUAAAGCGCCGGUUUGAUUUGAACAAAAUAAAUUCAACAUCUUUGGUCAUCGUGUAACAGAUUUACUAAGUUUGAUAAGUGACGUUGAAAUCAAAGUUUCUGGAUGAUUCUAGAUAAUAAACGAUGCUGGAAACAACGUAUAAA